AUGAGUGAUCCUGCUCCGACCUUCGAUAUCCCCAAGGAGUGCUGGGGUGGUGUUGUGAAAAAUGAGGGUCCGGACUUCUAUGUCGAGGUCGAGAAGGUGCCCGUGCCUGAAGUCGGUCCCAACGACGUCCUGAUCAAACUCAAUGCCACCGGUCUCUGCCUCAGCGAUAUCCACUUUAUGCUGAAUGACUGGGCACUCCCCAAGAUGUCCGAGCUGGGAGUAAAAUGCGCCGGGCAUGAAGGAGCUGGGGUUAUUGUCAAGGUCGGCGAGAAUGUCAAGGCAUACAAGGUCGGCCAGCGGGCAGGGUACAAACCCAUCCAAGACGUCUGCCACUCCUGCGAAUACUGCAAGACUGGCAGGGAGACAUAUUGCACAAAAGCCGUCUUCACUGGUGGCGCGUGUGAUGGGUCAUACAAGCAAUAUGUGGUUUCGCCAGAGAACUAUACUACGCUCAUUCCCGACGGAGUGUCUGACUACGUCGCCGGCCCUGUGAUGUGCUCCGCAUCUACCAUCUAUUCGUCGCUCAAAGAAUCAGAUCUCCGACCCGGUCAAUGGGCUGUUUUCCCUGGUGGUGGCGGCGGUGUGGGUAUCCAAGGUGUCCAACUCGCUGCGGCAAUGGGGAUCCGGCCGAUCGUGGUAGACACUGGAGAUGAGAGGAAAAAGCUCGCUUUGCACAUGGGAGCCGAACACUUCAUCGACUUCAAGGAAGGAGAUCCUGUGAAGAAAGUUCUUGAAAUCACUGAAGGUGGAGCUCAUGGCGUCAUUGUCACCGGUGCGUAUCUCUGGGGCACAUUGCGACCUUUCCCCAAUGGCAAGAAACUGACGGCAUCGGCAGCCGUGCAAUCGUACCCCAUUGCACUUGACUACCUCGGAGGUCGAGCAGGCGGACAGGUCAUGUGCAUUGGCAUCCCUCCGCAUGGGAAGUAUCACAUCGACCUGGAUCCCUCGAAGCUGGUGUUCCGAAACCAGUCCAUCAAAGGAACACUGGUCGCCAGUUUGGCCGAUAUCGACGAGACACUAGACUUUGCGAAACGAGGUAAACUCCAUCUCGAGCCCACGGUGGUCGGAUUGAGCAAAUUCAACGAAUCCGUACAAAAGCUCAAGAAUGGACAAGUGGCUGGGCGAAUUGUGGUGGACUUCAACCUACCGUGA